AUGGCACUCCCCUACGUAACAGCGGUCACAACGAUGUCGGGAGCCGAAGACAGGCCAGUGAUAGUCGGCCUUUAUGGUAUCUCUGGGUGUGGAAAGACAACACUCAUCGAACGCUUGAAGAAGAAUCUGGGCGAGAGAGAUUUUGCCUUCUUCGACGGCUCUCAAAUACUCAGUUCACUGGUCCGUGGAGGACUGGCCGCUUUUCAGCAGAAGCCCGACGCUGAGAAGGCUGUCUAUCGCGAGAUUGCCAUUCAACACAUCGCAGCAGUGUGCCAGUCGAGUCGGAAAGUAGGCGUUGUCGCUGGUCACCUUACCCUCUGGACAGGCAGUAGUACCAUGGAGGUGCACACACAGGCCGACCUUGAAACAUACACCCACAUUCUGUACCUCGACACACCUGCCGAGACCAUCGCUGAGUACCGUCUGAAUGACAUGAAUCGGAACCGCCCUGAAAUGAGCGUUGCCGACUUGCGCAGGUGGCAGUGGAGCGACAAGUCAAGAGCAAAGACUCUUUGCCGUCAUCACGGCAUCAUGUUCUUCACCCAACAUGCUCCUGCGGAAGAUGGAUUUGCCCGCGUCGCAAUGCUGAUUAGAGACAUCCGAGAUCACUCCGAGGAGGAGAACCUACGCCGAGCACUUUCCCGGUUGGACGAUAUCAUGGCACCUUCAGCGGAUAAAAUCGAAACUGUCUUAGUCUUCGACGCGGACAAGACUUUGGCGUCCAUGGAUACCGGGGCAAGAUUUUGGGGUGAACACCUGAAGAUGGGAGAGGACGGCAGCAACAGGCUGAAGCAAUACUUUGGUCAUGAAGCCUGGGGUUACUCAUACAAGGCUUUCCGCCAAGCCACUUGGCUGUACGAGGAGAUUCCAGAGCCCGUGUUUGAGCGAAUCUGUGAAGUCAUCUCCAGGGAAGUGGUCUUGCACCCUGAACUGGCAAACCUUCUCAAACAGGUUGGAAGUCUGACACACGUUCGGGCGGUGGUCGUCACUUGUGGUAUCAAACGCAUCUGGGAAAUGGUACUGCAGAGAAGGUCCUUGACCCACGUCGACAUCAUCGGCGGCGGCCGAAUCUCAGACGGUUUGGUUGUUACCCCCAAGAUCAAAGCAGCCAUUGUCGAGCGCCUCCGGAAGCACUUUGCAACACAGGUGUACGCUUUUGGCGACAGCGAGGUGGAUAUCCCCAUGCUGGUGGCAGCUGAUCAUGCCUUGGUCGUGACGGGAGAUGUUGAAACAAGGAGCAAGAGCAUGGACCAGGCUCUACUGAAUGCUGUCCGCGACGGUCUGCGCCCAAGACAGAUCCUCCUGCCGGCAGGCUCACGCCCCAGACUGGCCGAAGGCUUGACCCCUGUUGUCGAAAUGGACGCUGCCUUCGCCACCAGCAUAUUGGCUCGACGUUCGAACGCUUCCAAGCUCGGCCGCGUCCACGCAACUGACUCGAUGGCAGCAAAGCUUCUCAUGACGCCGAUGAGGGACGCGGGUGUUGCUGGACCAGGGCUGCGGGAGGCACAUCGAAGGGCAGGAUGGUGGAUAGCAACACAGCACGUAUCUGAGAUGAUCGGCUGCGAGGAAUUCGGAAUCGCUCAUGUUCAGAAAUACCGGACCGAGGGAUACCGGCUCCACGAUGAGGAGAAGACGGUCAUUGUUGCCUUGAUGCGCGGAGGAGAGCCGAUGGCCUUGGGCGUCAGCGAGGCCUUUCCAGCUGCCAUGUUCGUUCACGCGAACACGCCAGAAGACCUCAAGGAGCAACACAUCAAAGGCCGGGGCACUGUUCUUCUUGUGGAUUCUGUUGUGAACAGUGGCAAGACCGUUGUUGACUUCAUCGAGCACGUUCGGAAAAUCAACAAGACUGUGCGCAUUGUGGUCGUUGCCGGCGUCAUCCAGGCCAGAUUUUUCAACAAGCCUCCUGCACACGUACAAGCCGAUCGGGAUGUCGGCUUUGUCGCGAUGCGUCUGUCUGAGAAUGAGUUCAAGGGAAAGGGGCAAACAGACACUGGAAACCGUUUGUUCAACACCACACAGCUUGACUAG